GUGACAGUUGUGCAUAGCAAUGGCGACCAACCAUCCCACUGAUGAAGUGGUAACAGAGGAGGAUAAACCGAAAUCCAAACGCCCUAAAGGUGCUAAUUUUAAAUAAAAUACGUAACAAAGUUCUUAAUAAGCUUUGGUAUAAUCUUACCUAUUCUUGUUAAAGUUGAUGACCCAGUUCUUUUCUCAAAAGCUAUGGUAUUUCCUGGUGUUCUGAAACUGAGAAGAAUACUAUUAUUAUUAUUAUUACAAUUCAGAAUACUUAACUUCACUAUCAGGAAUAAUUAUUAAUAAUAAAAUUAAAAUACUACCUCAAAAUCAAUGUCAUAAUGUUAAGGACGGCUGCCACUGCGUCUUUUGGUUGUUUAUUAUAGUUGCAGUGAAUUAGGGUUUAGGGAUUGAUUUAGGGUUCAGGCCGGCUAGGCAUAGAGGGAUCGGGUUAAGUUAAGGUUAGGCAUGGCAUAGGUAUCAAUUUAGGGAUACAUUCGUGAAAUUCGAUAAAAUAGUGGCAGUCGUCCUUAACAUUUACCCAUAAUUGAUAGUAAAAAGAAGCAUGAUAGUAAUGGGCGUAAGGGAAGUUAAACUUCAGGGUUAGGCCACCACUUCUUAUCAAAUGUGAAAUGGGUUGAAAGGCAAAUAUUUGCAAUAUUAUUUGCUUUUUUACAAAUAGCCUAUAUUAUAUAUUUUUUAUUGGCAAUCCUCCCAAGUCGGUCCCAAAUUAUUUGGUAUGAAAAAAAUUGCAAUGCACAGUGUGGAUUAGCGUUGUUAGAAAACAGCUGAAAUGUUAGUCAUACUACAUAGCUUUUGAAAAUAACUGUCACUUUACAAACCAGACAGUAAAUACUAAAUAUUGUAAUUGGCACAUCAUAGCAUUUGCAAAUAGCAGCCAACAACGUUAUGCUUGUGACUAAUGCGCUCCUGAAAGGCCCCCAAGUAGCUGGUACCGCGACUAGUACCACCCUGCUAACGGCGUUUACGUUUCGCUUGCAUCCAAAGUCCUUCAAUGGUUUAUGUGUGAAUGUCCUGGUCUACUGGAUCAACAAUUCACACACGUGCACAAUGACAGCUUGAGCAUACAUCCCGUUGUUGAGCUGACCGACAUUUUGAUAUCCUCGCCAAGCGUCCGUGAUGAUAGUUUUCCCUGGUAACACAUACUUAGUGAUAAUGUGCUCGAGUGUUUGUGCAUCUCGACGGCCAACAACCUCCAUCCAAUAUCCUCCACUAAUGCAAACAUGAAUUUCAAAGCAGAAUGAUGCCUAAGACUAAGACUUUUAAGUAAGGAGUAAUCAUUGAAAAUAAUUUUGGACCGAAGUUCAGAGGAUUGACGCCUAUUUAGGCCUAUGUUUUUAUGUCUCAGUUAGUUAGAUUUAGUUUAGAUAAGUAGUAUGAAUUUAUACCUGAACUUAGUGUCCACAGUACAGUAUGUACUUUGAUAACAAAAAUUAAAACUUUUUUUAAAAAUAAACCAAUGGCACAGUUGAAUAGAGCUAAUUUUUUAAAGAAUUAUAACACAAAAAAUCAAAUUUUUACCUGUUGUAGUUUUUAAGUUAUGAAUUUUUAAAGUACGACUUCAUUUGUCCUUUUUUAACAUGGACCGCAUCUCAAGAUUCUGUCACCCAAUUCCGCUGUUUGUGUCACGAGCUAUAUAACUGUUGUUUUAAUGAUCAUUUUAUUUUCAAAACUCAUGCUGUAUUUAAAAAUAAUUUUAAUAAUGUUAAAAAUUAAAGAUAAAUUGUAGCUUAUCUAACUAUGCACUAUUUUUAUAUUUAUAUCAGUAAAUUUAAUAUAAUGUAUUAAUAUAUGGCUUUUCUGUUUACCUAAUAUAGGACAUCCAUUAUAUUAUACCCAUAUAUGCUAUAUAGUCUAUAUAAGGCAACUCAUGCCUUAAUUACUAAAAUACUGUUUCGGAACUACUUAUUUUGAACUUUGGCACAUGACUAAUUAAUUAAAGCUUUCCCUGGCCUGGUUAAAUAGUUUUUGCACACGGCAAACUUUUAUGAAUGAAAACUCUUAGAUAGUAUUACAGUAUACCCAUUAUGCAAGUCACUGAAUGGCCGCCAUGACAUUUUGCACACGGCAAAUUAUGAUCAUUUAUAAUAUGGACUCUGCAGGGUUUUUUAACUUCAAAUGAAAAUAUUAUUCUUUCAAUAUCAUUAAUGUUCAUUCUAAAACAUAAGUUAUCAAAUAUUUUGAUGUAAAUAGUGGAAAUAAUUAAAUAUUUCAUAAGUAACGGCGUCUUCCGCCAAUGAAAGGAGGCGUGGCCAUUUCCUUUUCGAAAUUGGGCUGAGCUACAUUACCAUGUAGAUGUUUACUCAAAUGAGCAUGACAAGUGGCCGACAUGUCCUAACUCAAUGAGAAUUGACACAAAUAUGCAUUGAUAGAUAAUACAGAGUAAGACUUAAUAUGAAAGACAUAAAAGUUGAACUUCUAUACAGAUUUUUUAGUGAAAGAUGCCUUAUAUUUAAAGGUGUAUUAUAAAAUACAGGUUGAUUGAAAAAUCCAAACAAAUCAAUGUAAAUGUCUACCAAAAUGUAAGGCCGGAAACAGAACUCAAAUAUAUGUCGAAAGUACUAAUUUAAUAAUAAAUAGACUCACACAUCGGAAAAUUAAAAACUCUGAAAAGUAGAAGUCUCCCUUGCUUCAUCGAAGUACCUACAGUUGUUCGUCUGUCAAAAUCGACUAGGACCAUCAAGUCAUCCGGUUGGGGGAUUACGGUGAGCUCGUAGGUGGCUUGCUAGACAGAUCCAUGCUCGGAAUAAUCUAUGGCAUCGCGGGCAGGGGAUAGUUGCUGCAGACGGUGAGCUAAUGUUGCUUUUUCGGGCCAGCCUGUGUGUCUCAGCUGUGGUUAUCCUAUUAGCUUCAUGGGAUUUAGCCCUCUUCUUGACAUUUGCUCUCCACCGGGCUCUGUCCUGGGCUGUCUGCACCCAUUGAGUAGGGUUGAUGCUGAAGGCCUUUAGUGCCGCUUUCAACGCUUGUCUUUGUAACGCUUUUUUUAACAGUACAGUUAAGAGGACAGCACUGCCAGCUAAGGCUUACCAUUAAAAAUUAAACAUAAUGAUUUUAAUUACUGAAAUCCGUACCGAUGGCAGUAUCCUGUCACUAGAAUUAAUCGGAAAAGCAUCAUGAUUCGUUAUAAGUUAUGUUCAUGAGCAUGUGUGUUGAUGACUUGGUAUUUGUUGGGGAAAUGAAAUACUAGGCCAAGGCCAUAUUCAUUAGUCUCCUCCUCUUAGGAAAUUGUGUUUUUAUUCAGAAAUAAUUGAAAUAAAAUAUUUCUGGAUAAAAUUAUUAUAUUAUUAGGCAGAUCAAUUUGUUAUAACACCCUUAUUAACAGCAACCUCUCUUCCAAUCUAAAUCAUGUCUAAUGUGACUAAUUAAUGGCAUGCCUUAAUGAUGAAGACUUCAGAAAAUCGAUUGACGGAUACCACUUAGUCAAGUUUGUUUAUUUAGUGAAGUACCUAUCAGAGUGACUAAGCUUUUUAAUCAAAUCACUUUAGGGGAGGUCUAUAAAUAACAUCAAAAGGGUUGCGCGCAUGUUCUGUUCUGGUCAAGUCUUUGUGAGGAUGUGUUAAUAGUGUACUUGUAUCUAUCUUUUAUGACAAAUUUGUGAAUAUGGGGGCAGUCAAAAAUUGUCCAACAUAUUGUGACAUCAUUUAUGGUCCCUUGUGAUUAUAAAUGCCAUGUAUGUUGUUGUCAUAAUAUUAGCAUUGUUAAAAAAUGAUUUAAACAAUAAUUUUUUAAGGAUUAUUGAUAUUUUUAACAUUAGAAAUUAUGCUAAGCAUUUUAAUGAAAGCAGGUGCUAAAUGAUACAGGCUUUAGUUUAGGGAGCAACUUUUAGAGGAAAUGUCCAUUGAUUUUUGCUAGAAAUUUGUAAUUUUAUAACUAGUUAUCUAUUGGCUUUGAUGCUUAACAUAUAUGACUCUUCAACACUAAAGAUAAGUGAAAACUGGGCAGAAUGAAUUAAUUUUAUAAUGUGUGAAAAGGGUAAAGAUACCUGAUCCUUAUAAAUGAAAUGAGUGGAAUCUCAGUGUAACUAUACAGAAAAAUGACAUUGAAAAAUGGAUUAAAACACAACCUAUAUAAAUUAAACAUUCUGAUCUCUCAGCACAAUGAUGAUUUCAAAUUUUGAUAUUAGUCUCCUUUAUGUAUCGAAGUACUGCAAUGAUAAAUAUUAACACUAAAACACUUACAACCAAUCAUAGUGAACUUAGCUUUCUUCUCUUUUGUCCCUACACAUUCCUUGUUUUGUUGCGUCCUUUUAUUACAGGUUUUCCCACACUUUUGUUUCGCUCAUUUCCUUUUUGUCUAAUCUGAUGACAGUCUCCCCCUUAUUACCAGAAACUACACAACAGUUUUGCUAUACACCCAUACAACAUUAUAACUGUGUAUAAAGUUUUCUAAAUGACAGUGUUUACACAGUCAUUCUUCAUAAAUAACAUUCAAAUGAUAAUUUAAAAUUUAACAUUUUAUUUAUUUGACUGAUAAUUAUUCUUUUCUUCACAUAAAAUCCAAUAAAAGAAAUUUAUAAGUAAUCAGACAUUUAUUAUAAAACAAUCACAGUUGAAAUAAUUCUUAUUGUUCUUUUGUUUUGGCAGAGACCAAGUUUAAGCAGCAAAACCUUCCAGCAUGGCAACCUAUUUUAACAGCCAGCACAGUGCUUCCAGCAUUCUUUGCCAUAGGACUGGCUUUCAUACCUUUAGGUGUAGCACUGCUAAUAACGUCCAACAAUGUAAGCAUCAUAACUUUUUGUAAGAUAUGAUUAUAGUUUAUUCUUAUUUGUUUAAGCUCAGUAUGAAUCUAAAAUGUAAUGAUUAUACUGGCGAUGAUUUAAAAAAUAAUAAUAUAUUUUUAUAUAUUUUUAUGUGUAGGUUACUGAUUUACAGGUUUUAUUUUAUUUUCAGGGUGUUUUAUGAACUAAGACUUAAGACUUGAUAAAUCAUAUUUUAUUUGUAAUAACAAUUGUAAUUUUUUGUUUAUCUGUAGGUAAAAGAACUGACCAUAGACUAUACCAACUGCAAAAUGUUAGACUCUGAUUCAACCUGUGCUGAAUUUUUUAAAAAUAUAAGCAACACUGGUCAGACAUGUCAUUGCACAUAUGAUAAUGUGACUUUGUCAUCUUUGUUUGAUGUAAGUGUCUUGUGUUUUAUGUGGCAUGUUAAAUCCGUAAGCAAUUGAAGCUAAAUACUAAUAUAUUUGAGUUAUUAAUUGCAAGAUUUUUGUUAAGAUAUUAAUAAAUAUAAUUCAGCUUGUUUUGUUUUUUUCCAAGUUUGCAAUGCCUGAAAGUUAAAGUACGUUGCUAUAGUGCAGCAUAUGUUGAUCCAAUGUCACUUCAUUGUAGAGCUUUUUUUUAGCCGCCACCACCACCACUUAUCUCCCCUUUGUGUUGUUUUUCUUUGAUGUCACUGAGUAAAUGUGCUGUGUCACUCCUUACUCACCCCUACCUUGAAUGGGAAAAGGUUGUUUACAUUCCAAUGCAUUCUUUUUGUUCUAAAGAAUGCUAUUAGGUGACACGAUUUCUAGAAUUUCUUUACGAGGUGGUCCUGAUUUAAUCACUAUAUAUAGGUAUUUGUAUUUUUCGAGGAGUGUGCCUUCUCACUAGCUGUACUUUAAGUUGAUACAGAAUUUUUUUUAAAAAUUGCACAUUGUUAGUAUCUCUAGCUUUGGUUUCAUUUUGCUUUGUAUACUGGUUUUCAGUCCAUUGUUUGUUUGUUUUUGAUUCUAUGAGCCAAAACUUAAAAUAGAAUAAAUUUUCAAAACUAUACUAUAAUGGUAUGUAACAGUAUCAGCAAAUGAGUUUUAAAUUUCUGCAAUUUGUGGCAUAAAGCUAUCUUUAAUUUAUUGGGUGACAGAUGCCCCAAAGCAAUUUUUAACAAUUUAUCUUAAUUUUGUAAAGAUAAAUACACUUAAUAAAAAUUGUGCAUUUUAUAGGGGUGUGCCGGAAUCCGGUUCCGCCGGAUUUUGCACUAUCCGGUGAAAUCCGGUUCCGCUGUAUUUACAUGUAUCUGGAACAUCCGGAAUAUACCGGAUUUCGGAAUUUGCCAGAUUUUGUGACUCACCGGAUCAUAAUCUGAAAUAAAAGUAAUUCUCUUUCCCGAAUUCCACACGAUCACGAUACAUUAAUCGAUUGUUUCGAGCGUUGAGCUUGUUUAAUGUUUAAUAUUCCGAACAUACCAGAGGCUAGAGUCAGCACCGCUAAUAGUGGCCAAUCGGCCCAAUCCCAUACAUGAUAGUGCGGGGAUGAGUAAUUAUCAUUCGUGACGUCAUCUUAACCGCAAUCACCAAUGACGUUGUAACAGAAAUAAUAAGCAACUAUACUGCCCAAGCGCCUGGCCGCCAGCCCGCCACCUUACCGAGCACGGCAGACGACCAUCAAAUUGCGUCAAGCCAGCAGGCCUGUGCUGACCUAGCCUAUCUAUGAAUACUUUUAGGGACACACACUUAAUUCUCUUUCCCGAAUUCCACACAAUCACGAUACAUUAAUCGAUUGUUUCGAGCGUUGAGCUUGUUUAAUGUUUAAUAUUCCGAACAUACCAGAGGCUAGAGUCAGCACCGCUAAUAGUGGCCAAUCGGCCCAAUCCCAUACAUGAUAGUGCGGGGAUGAGUAAUUAUCAUUCGUGACGUCAUCUUAACCGCAAUCACCAAUGACGUUGUAACAGAAAUAAUAAGCAACUAUACUGCCCAAGCGCCUGGCCGCCAGCCCGCCACCUUACCGAGCACGGCAGACGACCAUCAAAUUGCGUCAAGCCAGCAGGCCUGUGCUGACCUAGCCUAUCUAUGAAUACUUUUAGGGACACACACUGAUCGACCUGACGUCAGUCUGCUUAGCAAUUAGUCAUUGGUGCAGAGAUAUAGAUUACCCGUACUGCCCUGCGGAGCUGUCUCCUCACCAGGCAUAAUAAUAAUAACAACAACAUAGAAACUCAUUAUGCGCCAAAUUACAGUGAAACAAUUAAGUGAUCUCCAACGAGGUAUAAAUUUAUACUACUGUGCUCGUGAAAACAAAAAAAGCGCAUUGCGCUAUCUCUGAUUGGCUGGUCGGUUACCACUUGAUUACCUAACGCGAUAGAAAUUUGUCUCAGUUUUUAAAAUUUACAGUAAUUUUAAUUCAUAUUUUGAUUUAUAUUAUCGUUCACUCAAUAGUUAAAAAUGCGUAUCAUUUUUGAGUAAAAAUUAACAUUACGUUAGCGGUCUAGUAUAAAUUUAAAGGUCUUUGGUGAUCUCUAUGUCACCAAGCCAUCUUCGGCGAUUCUUGCUUGCGCUGUGAUCUGUUCUCUUUGGUUUAAACAACGGUAUGACGUAGCCGCGGCCCGCGGCGCUCAGCUGUUACAAAAUAUUUUGCCAUAUUGAAUGCUUGAGAUUGGAGUGGAGUUUAUACUUUAAAACUUUAUAACGGUAAUUUAUAAAAUUUAUCUCAUUUUCGAAGCUAGUUCAAGCUACAAUUCUAAAUAAUUUUCAAUUUAGUAACGAAUUUAAACUGUUCAGAAGGCAUCCAACCCCUCAGAUUUACCGGUAUCUGCAAAGUACCAAAAUCCGGAAUCCGGGAGAAACCGGAAUCCGGAUCCGGCGGAUUUCGCAUAAGAAAAUCCGGAUCCGGUUGGAAAAAACGGAUCCGGCACACCCCUAGUAUUUUAAUGUUAAUAAUAUUUUAAAUUGCAAAAUGUAAAUUUUAAUUAUUGUCAUUUUUGUUUUGUUUUCAGCAAUCUGUUUAUAUUUAUUAUGGACUGACCAAUUUCUAUCAAAAUCAUCGCCGCUAUGUGCGCUCCAGGGAUGAUGAUCAGCUGCAUGGAGGGGCCAAAUCUCCAGGAGGCCUGAAUGAUGACUGUGACCCUUAUAAAACUAAAACUGAAAAUGGAUCAACAUUUGGUUACGCUCCAUGUGGUGCUAUUGCCAACAGCCUUUUUAAUGGUAACUUUAAUUGGUGAAAAAAAAAAUUUACAUUAUGUAAAUAAGAUUUUAAAUUACUUAACCUCGGUUGAAAUUAAAUAAUAAAAUGAUAAAAGGGAAAUUAGUUUAACUAUAUAUAUUGCACUUAACCACAAAAAUAAGCCUGCUUAUGACUUACAUACAUAAUACACUGCCUCAUGUAAGUUUGGUUGUUGUUUUUUUGUUGAGACUUUGUUAAAAUCAAAUAGCAUCCCUCUUUUUUUCUCCCACCAAUAAGGUCUACUAUAUUAUUAAAAAUGUCCUUAUGACUUUUUUUGUCUUUCCAAGUUGGGAAAACUACAUGAAACCAUGUGAGUAAAUAGGCCAGCAGCCAGCAAAAAUGUGUCACUAAUAGGAUUGACACUUUUAUGAUGUACGUAGUUAUGGCAUAGAAGAUGCUAAGAUGGCAGCUUAUUUAUUUCAUAAUGGUAACUGAAGGUAUGAAAUCAGAAUAACUGAUUUUUCUUUUCAGAUACUUUUAACAUUACUUACACAGACAAAGAUAUACCUGUGGAACUGAUCAAAACUGGAAUAGCAUGGGUAUCUGACAAAAAUGUAAAGUUCAAUAAUCCAAGUUGUGAGUAUUUUUCUUAUUCUUUUGAUUUUUUUAAAAAUUAGCUUGCAAACAAAAUUGUUGCAUUAAAAUUUUUUUUAAAAGUAUAAACAAGUCCUUGCAUUAACGUCAACAGCAUGGGCUUCCUUUAUCAAGCCACCCAACUGGAAAAAGCCAGUCUGGGAACUUGAUACCACUGACCCUGACAACAAUGGCUAUGAAAAUGAAGAUUUGAUUGUUUGGAUGAGAACUGCUGCCUUGCCUACAUUUAGAAAAUUGUACAGACGUGUGAACCACACUAAGCCUGAAUUUUCCAAUGGUUUACCUGCCGGGCAGUACAGAAUUACAAUCGACUACAGUAAGUUUUUUUUUAAACUUUGCUUCCAUUGGCAUAGUUCAUCAACUGUUUGUCAACUUCACGAGCUUUGUGUAAGGUCUGAUGACCCAUUUACAACUCUAUAUAACAUAUAAUUACACAAAGGAAAUAGUUGAUUUUGUCUUAACUUACUUAACUGGUUAAUGAUAAAGAAAACAAAAAAUAUAAAAAGUUGAGUGUGAUCACACUUUAUUGUUAAUGUAAGUACACAUUUUCAGUGUUCACUUUAUGUCAUGUAAAUAGUUUUAUAGCAUAGGGCUUGUCAUUUAAUUGCUGAAAUCUAUUAAUAGAACUGCUGUAAUCAUACAGGUACUUGGGUCGGACAAAAUGUCAACACUGGUCAGUAAUACUAAGAAGAGGCCCUCAACUUACAAUAAAACUUGUUUAUAACUAUAUUUUACAAAAUAUUUUACACAAUUUUUUUUUUUUUACUGUUAUUGCUAUAUUCAAGGAUAUACAUUUUGUAAAAUGGGACUUCAUUGCACGUACGGCCCAUGUAACAGUGACUCUAAAUACAAGGAUCGUCCCAACGAUAUGCUGAAACACACUAUUAGCUUCCAUGUUUUAUAAAUAUUUGUCCGACGUUCUAAAAAUAGUAAAGUUAUGACGUUUUCUGGUCUGAGAAAUGACCAACCCUAUUAAAAUUUGUUGACAAUUUAAGUCUAUCUUUGCAAAUCUUCACUAAGCAUAUUCUAUUAUAAGCAAUUUACUCUUUUGAUGAGAUGUUUGCUUCUUAUUUAGACUACCCAGUUACCGCUUUUGAUGGCACCAAGAGCAUCAUCAUCUCUACCACAUCCUGGCUUGGGGGAAAGAACUCAUUUCUAGGCAUUGCCUACAUUGUUGUUGGCUCCCUUUGUAUAGUGCUUGGGGUCAUUUUUCUCAUCAUUCACAUUAAAUGGGGGAAGAAGUAAGUUCACAUCAUUUUUACUAUAAAUUUAACUCUAUGUCUUUCAUCAUAACUGUGAUAGAUGGAUACUUGUGAAACAGUUGUUUGCAUUUUGUUGUUAUUUUGUUUUUUAUGACUACUGUAUUUGUCUUUUUUUUUUUUUUUCUCCUUUGAGCUUAGAAAAAGGGUUUUUUUUUUUUUUUUUUUUUUUUUUGCUUUCAAAUGGUUUACAUUUUAAGAAUGAGUUUUAAUUUUUUUAAAAACACUCCUUUCACAAGCAUUAGCUUACUUGGUUUUUUAAAUUUUUGUUUUUUGUUUUUUUUUUUUUUUUUUUUUUUUUUUUUUUUUUGUUUUUUUUUUUUUUUUUUUUUUUUUUUUUUUCUCCUUUGAGCUUAGAAAAAGGGUUUUUUUUUUUUUUUCAUUUGUUGUUGCUUUCAAAUGGUAUACAUUGUAAGAAUGAGAUCAAAUUUUCUUAAAAACACUCCUUUCACAAGCAUCAGCUUACUGGGUUUUUUAAAAUUUUAAUUUAAACAUAGGAGCCUACUUGCAAAUGGUACUAAGUCCGUUUUUUUUUGAAAAAAAAUGAGUUAGUGCCCUUUUCUUAAUCUAUUUCCUUAAAUACACAUUUUGAAUCGCUCAUCUUAACUUUCAGAAGGCUCUAAAUGCCUUUAAUUUAAAUGGAAAAUGUAGAACAACCUUCAAAAGGCUAGUUAAGUUGUAACACAAAAUUCACUUUCCUGAAAAAUGAGUUUGGUUGGACUUAGUACCUUUUGCAAGUGGGCACCUCAUAUGAUACUUUUGAAUGCUACUUCUUUUCUUAAAGUGAACAAGGCUGAAAACUAUUUAAAAUAUAGCUCUUUAUAUUUUUUUUUAAAGUAGGGAAAGAAAAAUUGUCUCCAUCAACUGAUGUCAUACAUCUAUUGAAAGUAUAUGGUUAUUUUUAUUUUGACAUAAUGGAGAUAAUUCUAUAAGUCAUCUUUGUGUUUGUGGGGGGGGGGGGGGGGGAGGUUGAGUAUGCUGAAAAAAGGAAUAUUGAAAUCCACAAGCAUAAAUUCUCAUGAUCCUAAAUCUGGUUAUUACAUCAACUUGGUGGCUCUUCUGUUAUGGAUCAUUGUCCUUUUUUUUCUUCUUUUCUUGUAUUCUUUUGAGGCCAAUUAUUUUUAAAAUUUUUUAAAAUAGAAAUAGAAUCCUUGUAUAAUUUUUAUUCUAUAUAUUAAAAAAUAUUUUUUUUUUAAAAGUGCUUUAAAAUUUUUAAUUUUUUUUAGAAGCUAUAUUCUCAUCUAUAAUUUUGAAUGUUUUAUGACUAUAGGAAUAUAUUUCUUUUAAGUAUUAUUUUUUUUAAUGGAAAUAAUCUAGCUGUUCCUAAAAUUGCAGGCGCAAUCUGCAGUUUGAUAAUCUGGAGCCCCUUGAUAAACAAAUUUGAUCCAACAGGCUUGUAGGAAGUUAGUGCCUGAUCUUAAAUUCUUUAUAUUUCUUGGCUUGUUGGCUAGCUAAAUGGAUUUAUUUGUACAAUACGCUAUUUGGUUUGCGGGCUACCUUUCUGGGAAUGACAUUUAUUAAGCCAGGAACUGUAAGAGAUGCUUAAAGAUAAUGAUUCUCAAAUUUUUGUGAAUUAAUGUUAGGGCACCAUUUAUCUAAAUCGUCAUGGCCUUAGAAAUUACUUCAAAAGUUAGACUUGUAAGUUUAUACACCAUAGGCAAUCCAGUAUAUAUAUUCUGCUUCAGAGUGCACUCUCUUUAUAAAUUCUUUACGGGUUCGAGUUUUUUUAAAACAAUUUAAAGCACAAAAAUUAUUCUUUUGCUGUCCUCUCCAAUCUUAUUUUUUACCACUCUGUUGUUAAACUUUGGCUAUAUAUAUAUUAUAUCUAUAUCAAGCACCUCAUAAAACCUGGUUUUUGUGAGCUGUCCAGCUGUUUGCUUUGAGAUAUAUUUUUUUUUGAAGAACUCUUAGCAAGCACCAGCAGUAAAGCACUUUUUUGUCUAGUUAUCUGUAUAGCUGAUCUGUGAUAUUUUCAAUGGUUUAGAACAGAGUCCAUGAUCCUGCUUGACUCAGCUGCUGAUGUGGCUGGUAUGUAAAGUACAGUUUGGCUCUCUUACUUCAUUUUGUGAAUGCACAUGGUCAAGGCCUUAUGUUCCAUGAAUUUUAUUUGGUUCUCUGUGAUCUAAUCAUGUCCUUCACGUAUAGCACUGCUUCUUUUUAAUUUAUAUGGAGCAUCACAUACUUAUGAUUUUCUUAUGAGUUAUUGUGCAUUGGUUGAUUUAGGGUGUUACUUUUCAUAAUAGUGUAUUGGUCAUAUUAAAAGAUUGCUUGAAACUGCUCUCUUUCAUCAAUUAUUAUCACUAUUGAUAGCAUAUAUUUUAAUUUUUUUUUUAUUACUGGAUGCAUUGGCACUUUUGAGUUUUAAAUGACAUUUUAGUUAUUUAUGUGAGAAAUUAAGGGAUAAUUGCGUAAUUAUUUCUCUUUUUUUCUUUUUUUUUUGGCUGCUUCUUUAACAAUAUUUGGUAAUAUUUAAAAGCUAUUUGGUAAAUUUGCUUUCCUUCUUAUUUACAUUCAAGUUCUAUAUUGUCAUUAUACUGUUUGUAUCUCUAUCACAGAUUUAACUAUACUUUUGAUUAAUUUGAGAAGAAAACUGUCCUAAAUUGCCAAUACCAACAUAAAUUCAGCUGGAAUUCAAAUAUAUAUAUAUAUCUGUUAACAAGUGUAUUUCUUCUUUUAACUGUUAAUUACAAACCAUUUUUUUUUUUUACCCCCCAAAUAUUAUUUUUUCAAAUCAAUUGCCUUUGAAACUCAACUGGUUCUAACAAACUAACCUUUGUAUCUCUUGAAUUCUUUGUCUUGCCUAAUCUAAAUUUCAAUGGGUAACAAUAGUAUUAUUUCCCUAUAUCUAAAAGGCUUUUUUUUUUUUUGUAAGAGUCUGUCAAUACUACCUGUGAUAAAACAUUAAAAAUAUGAUUUGGUGGGCACAGCUAUGAUGCAGUUGUACAAUUAUCAUAAUGUAAGUUUCUGUCGUAACUUUCUUUUAAAUUUUCCUCAAAAAGAAAUAUCCUAAUGACUUAUUUUACAAUCAGUGAUUAGUGGUACCAAACAAAAUCAACCAGACUAGUUUUUUGCUCUGUCACAAAAUGAACAACAAUUAAACACAUACACUGCAGUUUAGAUAAACACAUUGCUCUUUUUUUUAACAUUCUCUUUUCUGUAGACUUUUGGCAACUCUUGAUGAUGAUCACUAUUUUAGACAUUAUUAUGUACCACCAAAAUUUUUGCCAUGGCCUUUUGCUGUUCAGAAAGUACUGAGCAGUUUUGGCAAAUUUGGAAAUCAGUUGAGUAACCUGUUUGCACCACAUGAAAGUAGUGAGGGCUUUGAUGAUUCAGCUCCAGAAAGUGACUCAGAUGAUGAAUGUGGACAAAAGGAUCCUUUACUGGCAAGAAGAAAGGACAGAGAACCAAAAGAUGGCUUGAAUUCUUACCCACAUUAUUUUUCACGGGAAACAUUUGCUGUUGGGGAAGGUAGAAAGAUUUCACCUGAUAAAUCAAAUUCUCUGAUGCGACAGCAUUAUCAUCCCAAAACUUCUAAGUCUAAGGUAAACUCUGCCCAUGAUGCCGUUAGUGUUUAUCAUGAGGAUAAGAAUAAUAUUGGGCCUAAUGGACACACGGAACCUAUGCACUCCAAUAAAUCAAGAGCCAGAUCUCAUGCAGAAAUAAGGAGCUCGCCAGGUAUGAAAUCCGAAUCAAUCAGACCCGCAAUGCCAAAGCAUCAUUCGAAACAGGCCAAUUUUCAGAUAGAUUCGCCACAAGGAGGAACUUUUAACAAUCAAGCUGGCAGCUUGAUUGCACAGAAGUUAAAAGAACUUCAAGUAGGGCAUGAUCGAGAGGACCACCACAAACUUGGAUCUCUCAGUGGGUCGAGCAGGGAAAUGCUGGCAGACCAAACCAACACCCAUGACAUGGACCAUAACUCUGAUGCUUACUCAAUCACUAGUAAUGCCACUAUUCUGGGCAGCAGUUUGACCUCAAGUUCAUGGGUCAAUAGAGGUGUUCAGGUCAAUCUGGGUCAGAAGUGGGUAAAAAAGAAACACAAGACACGAUCAAACAAGGUGGGGGUCAUGGAGAGUGGACAUGAGGACUCUGGUGUGUCCAGUUUUGUUGGACCACAAGCUCACGAAGAUAUUUCCAACAGUGUCGUCUCUAUGAAGAGAUUCUCCCGUGACACAAUCGAAAGCAGGGUGUCAAGCUCCAGCAGCUCUGUUGAAACUCACCAUGUCAGGCCAUCUCAGUCUUCGUUCUUCCUCCCGUUCAUGAAAGAUUCGGUCUGCACAUGUCAAACUCGUAUCCACUCCAGCCUAGACUAUGAUAUCCUUUGCGAAGAACUUACGAUAGCCAAGUCCAAAAUGAUGGAUAUGAAUCUUACACUAGUGGAUGUGCAGAGUGAAGAGCAUUUAGAUGAAAACUAUAACCAAGUCAGUAGGAAGAUCAGGGAGGAUGUUAUUGUUCUAGAAGAUUUAGAAAAGAAAGAAAACUCCAAUAACAACUUACUUGCUAGUGUCUGUGACGAUGCAAGAAAAGAGAAUAUGUGUGUCCACACAUGCAAUGCCAACUGGCCAUCUGUAACUAUCUUUAAGCAAUCUCAACCCUUCCAAAUGGAUGACCCUUUGUGUCAUGGGGUUGAUCCUAAAAAUGGCCAACUCAAGAAAUGGUUCAGUCCCACUUUGGUGAAAUGCUUACGCCAUGAAAUCCACAAUGAACAUAGGAAAUGGUUCAGUCCCACUUUGGUGAAUUGCUUACGCCAUGAAAUCCACAAUGAACAUUUGAUGCCAGAAGAUGAAAGAGCGUGUUUUGAGCUUGUAAAUAACCAGAUGUUAGAACCUAUGCUAGAGUCGAGUCAGGCACACAGUGGAUGGAUGGUUAUGAUCUCUGUUGGUGUGCAAACAGAGGAUUAUGAAGGAGAACUUCUGCCUUUAUUUCUCAUCAAGUAGCCUGUAAGUCCAGACUGUUGAUUUUACAUUCUCCAACAUUGAACAACUUUUUCACUCUUUCUAUUUACAUUUUUUGGAAGAGGAUAUUGUUUUAAUGUUGCUUUCUAGCAGUGUGGCUGGUGCAAUUUUGAUGGGAAAAUGAACAAUUGCCUUUUUGUCUUCAUUUUUGCCGAGUUCAUUUCUUUGCCUUAUUUAUUUGUUGUAAAACUGUCAUUGUAAAUAAAAUAAUAUAACAGGGUUUUAGCAAUGACCACAUUAAUUUUUUAACGAUGGCUUAUUGUUUCAAUGUGAGACAAUCAUCUGCUGAAGUUUGUAUAUGUCAUUUAUUUAUAAAAGCUACGUUUCAUUAUAUCAGUUUUUUACAAUAAUUUUUUAUUAUUAUUUAAAUAUAUAGCUUACACUAAUAAAAAGAAACAAUUCUGAAAAAAAUUAAAUGGAAAAAAUAAGAUAGCAUAGAUUUCAAGAUUUCUCUAUAUUUUUACAAAAUGUACUCCAACAGUUAUGAUAGAAGCUUUACCUUAAUUAAAACCGAACAUUCCUUACUCUACUUCCUACAGAUAAAUAGAAUCAAUUGUAGUACGUUUUUAACAGUAUCUGUCUGGAAUGAUCAACCUUUUAAUAAUGAAUAUGGACACUUUUUAAAUAAUAAAUAUAUAUGAAAUAUUUUUGCAGCUUGAAGCCACCUUAUUUUGCUAAGAGCAUAAUUUUUUAUUUAAAAAAAAAUUAAAAUGUUGAUUUUUUUGUUUGUCUCACGUAACUAAAUUUUUAUUUGUAGCUUGCAAAGAUUUAACCUGAAGUAGUUUUUUUUUUUUUAAUACAUGGUAUUAGAAAUUGCAUUCGAGAUGUGGUACAAAAAUGUAUUUCCAAACAAUCAGAAUUGCACCACUCUGCUAAUGUUGUUUUAUAAAGAAUUUAUAAUUUCAACAUGAGCUUUGUGGAAGCAGCUGUUGUUGAAUGUAUUUUUUUAAUUUUUUUUUUUAAGUGUUGAUCUUUACAUUGUAAGCAUUGUUAUAGGAAAAUAUAACUGUUUCAUUUUGGCUUUUAUGUUAAGGUAUUGUCUUAUGACUUUCCCUUGCUUUUACCCUGCACUGGUAUCAUUGAACCUCAUCCCCUGCAGGCUACAGCUUACUUUCCUGUCACAUGAUUUUAUAUUGUCAAGGGGGUUUCCCGCCCUGGUUGGAACUUUUGGGGUUUACACAUAACUGUAUAUAAAUGAUGCGUUGGGGGCUUACUUUUGGGAGUUCACCCAGGCGGACCGAUGCAGCACCCAUGACAUGGGCCAUAACUCUGAUGCUUACUCACUCACAAGUAAUGCCACUCUUCAGUCGUGUAACACAUUUGCAUUUUUUUAAAACCAUUGGUUAUAAAAUUAAAUAAAAACAGAGGCAAUCCAUAUUUAUGAGGUAAAAUAUCAAAUUUAUUCAGCCGUCAUGUUUAUUGUUAAAAUUAAGUGCAGGAUCUUUCUUUAUUUCUGCUAAACAUAGAACAGUAAAUCUUUCUUUGGAUAAUUGGUCUUGGUGGGUUCGAGGGACAUUCUUAAAAAAGCAAUAAUUUCUUGGGAACUGAAGGAGCUUUGUGUGUAAUUUAAUAUACCAAAAAAAGGUGUUGCUUGACUACUUCUUCUCUUAAAUUUUGUGGGCAUUGAAUGGUAUGCUUCAAUAUAAUUGAAACCCCUCCAUAUCUGUGUGUAACACUUGAUGUAUUUGUUUUAGCCGUGAAAGUGCAGUUGAAAUGGACACAGCUGGCAAGAAGGUAGCAGUUUGAGGAAUGUCUUAAUGUUGAUAAAGUUAAAUUGUUGGGCAUUUCUGGCCAAGUUGCAAUGAUGCAGACAGACACUUUUAGCAAGAAUUUUCAUUGAUAGAAAUAAACAUAGUUGGUGUACAGUAUUGACAUGUUGGGUUAUAUUAUAUUAUAUAGUGAAAGUAAUGGAGGAAAUGUUUUAAAUGAAUUGAUAGUUUCAAUAUGGCCAAUUGUCUUUUACAGCAAAGGCCUGCACCAUCUUCUCAAAGACUUACACAAUCUUCUCAAAGACUUACGCCAUCUUCUUUAAGACUUAACCAUCUUCUCUAAGACCUACGCCAUCUUCUCCAAAAGCUCACAUUUCCUACUACAGUAGUUUUAACUUUUAGGAAACUUCUUGAGCAAAAAAGUGUUUGGUUUAAUCAAAUUGUCUGGCCCGGUCGUUUGAAGCUGCACAUUUUGUUUUUGUUUAAUUCAAAAUUUUAAAGUUCAACAGAGUUCCUUUGUUUUUAUUUUAAAUUUAUAAGAGAAAUAUGUUCUUAUUUUUAGUUCAGGCCUGGGUAAUAAUUUUCCAUGUUAAAUUUUUUUUUUUUUUAAAUAAAUCCAUCAGAAAAAUAUAGCUACCUUAUGGUUUGGCAACUCCAUUUCAUCACUGUACUUAAUGCUACAUGGAUUAAAUAUGUUGUAUUGAAUCUAGAACUUACUUCUUUCAAUUAUCAGCCAAAUAAAACCAUCAUUAAUCACAUGGCCUAAAGUAGCCCAAACUACAUUGAACUAAUUAUAAUUAUACUAAUUUACCUGUCCUAUUACAUGACAUAUUUUUACUACACUAACAUUUCAACUAACUACCUUAAUAAGUGUUCAAAAAGUGCUCAACUAUUAAUAGCAUCAAUGACAUUUGCUCCCAUUCUAAGCUAAUAUCCAUGUUUGGCAUUUAAAUCGUGCAUUAAUGUGGUAUUUUUAUUUACACGGCAAUUAAAUACUUGCUCUGGCACAAAACAUUUUCCCAACGAAGUUUUUAAAAGACAAAGCUGAAAUUUAAAAAAAAUUUAAAACUGUUAGCUGUAAGUUAAAAAUAAAUUUAAAAGAAACUUUUGUUUAAAUCUAUAUUUUAAAACUGAUUUAAUUUAUUGGGUUUAAACUUCUGGUUUGCUAUAAAGUGCUCAAUUAUUGAAACAACUAGGAAGAAUACUUGAAUAGACAUGUCUAUAAGUAAUUUUGUUAUUAACAUGAAGGUUGCUUAAGAUACACAGUUUUCAAACAUGUUUCCAUCUAAUUUUAAGUUUUAAAACAUUUAAUAUUCACAUCUAAAGAAGCAGUUCUUAUCAAAACCUAUUUUUUUUUAAACAUUCAUCAGAAUCAUGCUGACACGUCUUUACUGACUUUCAAGAAGAAGAAAAAUUCCAUCAUAAAUUCAUGUUUAAAGAUGAUGAUGGAUUAGGAUAAUUUCACACAUUAAAUAUGUUUAAAAUAUUUCUCUCCUCCAGGUCAGCUGAAAUGAUCAAUGUGACACCUAGAGACACAUACUAGCCAGCUGGUCUCACUUCUGUGAUGUUGCUCCCAUCUGUAACCCCUUGACUGGACAGUACCUGUGUCUGACCAGUAGACACACCUGUAUGUGCGGAUAAAAAACUGGUUUUUAAAACGGAUGUUUUUAUUUUUGCAUUCCAUGUUGAUGUUUCUCUUUUUAUUUGAAAAAAUGUAACAAAUCUCCAUAAAACAAAUAUUUGUAUGCUCCAAAAUUAAGAUCAUUUAGAAAUUUAAGGUUAUGAUUAUACUUGAUUAAAAAUUAGAAUGAAAGAUUCCUGUCACCAAUCUCACCAUUUCCAAGAUGUUAGUGGUCUCAAAAACUGUUUGAUGCACUCAUACUAAAUAGAAAUAUUUUAUAUUAAAAUUAAUUAUUUACCUUCACAUCAGAACAUUUUUGGAUAAGAAUAGCUCUAUAAUGUAGAGAUUUUACCGACCUCAUUUGGAAAAUUUCAGGAGGUACAUACUUAAUUUAUAGGUAACAAACAUGUACUUUUAAGGGGGGUAUUCUUAGUAAGGUAUAUGUGUUUUGCUAUAACAUUUCAUUUUUUGAUAUAUGUAUAAACUUGUCUUGAUUUACGUGACAAAUUAAUUCAUGCUAGAGAAGAAAAAUAUCAUGUUUGUAUAUUCCAUUUCUUUUUUUUUUUUUCUUUUUAUUCUAUCAGUUUAAAAUGUCAUGGUAAAUUAAAUUGCUAAUAUUUUGUGUUUGGGUUGACAACAGCAAAUAUGAUAUUGAAAUCCUUAUCUUUUACUUGUCUUGAUUUACGUGACAAAUUAAUUCAUGCUAGAGAAGAAAAAUAUCAUGUUUGUAUAUUCCAUUUCUUUUUUUUUUUUUUCUUUUUAUUCUAUCAGUUUAAAAUGUCAUGGUAAAUUAAAUUGCUAAUAUUUUGUGUUUGGGUUGACAACAGCAAAUAUGAUAUUGAAAUCCUUAUCUUUUCUUAUCAUAGUUGAACUAAUUACUUUUUCAUCUUUUUUUCCUUGGCUCGAUAUCAGGUUUGCUAUACACAGAUUAUUGAACACUCAGUUUUACUUUUUCAUGUUUAUAUUAUAGAUGCACAAUUAGCCACGAGUGUCAAAGAGAUUGUCCUUUAUAAUUUUUUAUUUUUUUUUUACCAUUAACACACAAUUUGAGAAAAUCUUUGUUAAUCUAGGGAAGGACAAUCAGAACAAACUGACUUCAAUUAAUAUUAUAUUUUAUAAAAAAUAAAAGUGGUUCUUUUUAAAUAUAAUCAUUACAACUUUUAUAAAUCCUUUUUGGUCACAUUUACAUAGUACUAUUCUAAAAAGUAUUUUUAACAGAAAUUUAGUGAAUUGCAUGACUUUUUGGAUAUAUUUGUUUUUUUUUAUACAAUUUGUAUUGACUUUGUUAAUGGUAAGAGAUUGAAAUUUUGUUCUGUUAGAUUAAAUGUUUAGAAGUUUGUUGAUUCAUCAAAGUCAAUCAUUCAAUCUUACAAGAAAAUAAAUGUUGUGUCUCAGUGCUUCAUGAUGAUCGUCUAGUCAAGAGAUCAAAUAUGUUUUAUUUAGUUGAGAUCUGGCCUUCUAUGACAUAUGUGAGAAAGUGAUAUAAAAAUAAUCAGUUCAUGCAAUUUGUACAAAUGAAAUAAGAGUGUGACAUCGAGCUAGUAUAUUAAUUUGUGUCUUUAUUUAAAUUUUGUUCUUUGUCAGAUUUAGGGUUGCACUGAUUUAUUGGGGGAUAAUCAGUAAAUGAUUAUUUUGCCUUAUUAGUGCAGCUUGAGUAAGAAUUUAAUGCUACUGAGGUCAGAAUGUGGCUCAACAUGAGUCAGAAUGUGGUGCACCUUGAGUCAGGAGGCCUUCAAUGUAAACUUAUUCUGGGAUGUGUGUACUGUUGUAUGUUUGUUUAACCCCACAUUGAAAUCUGUGUUGAUGCAAUAUAUUCAGCGACAUUGUCUCCAUCACUGUCACUUCACUCCAUCACUUCCUGUGAGACUGCUGUUGAUCUAACCUUCUCUCCAAAAGAGCUCAUCUUGGUUAUUUAUCAUUUAUUUUAUAUCCCACUUCACAAAAUUUUUUUUUUUUAAUCUGAAAUGCAAAAUUGUUCACUUUCAUUGUGAAAGUAUUAUUUUUUUCAUAAAUUAUGUAAUUCCCAAAUGGUUAAUGUUUUUUUUAAUUUAUGAUUUCUUAACUGCGAGGCUCCACUGAAGAUAAGAUGAGCAGGGUCAUGUAGGAUUUAGGGUCAUAUGUAACUGUCAUCUAUUGAAACGUGUUCUAAUCCUCAUUGAACUUAAUCAUCCUUAAGAAACCAAGUUUAUGAAAUAUUUAUCUCAUCAUUUUAAAUAGAAGUAUCAUUAACUUUUGAACCGACCAUGAAUAAUAAUGCCUUUAUUUUUCUGGCCCGAUAGAUCAUUUUAUUUAUUUCUGUGAUAAGUUUGACCCACCAGAUGCUAAGAAUCCCGGUUUGUCAGACUAUUUAUGGAGGACGUUAGCUCUGAUGAAAUGUGUACAAUAUGGACAAUGUAAAUACAAAUUCCUUCAUCUCAUUCAGCAUGAUCAGAAGUUUGUUGUCUUAAAGUCAUCAGUUGAAUGCUGAAUGUGAGUGUGGGCCUAAGAUGAUGCUUGAGGUGUCCAUACUGCCUUUGUCUGUUUCAAAAGAAUCCAUCCAUUGUGUGUUUGAUUCUUUGCUGUGAUAGCUAGAGUUUUUUUGUGUUGGGGGGGGGGGGGGGGUUUAUGUCUUGGAUCGUUUCAAAAUAAACUGAUGCAGAUGGCUCCAUGAAAUAGUUAAAAAGUAAAAACUCAGCAAGUCCUAAAUAUUCUUGUUAUGGAAUGCUAUUCAUUGUAUUUUUUAAAUAAUUUUUUUUUUACAUAUGAACUUAUUUUCUGGUUAACAAAGUUGAAAAGUAAAAAAGAUAAAAUAAUUUCUUUUACAGGAGUAGUGUUGAUGUUUGUUUUGUUACUUGGAGUAGUGUCCUGUAGCAAGUUGGACAAGGGUAUGUUAACCUCAUGUUCAGGGACUCAAACAGCCAGCAUACAUCUUAGUGUCACAUGUCAAAGUCAAAUUUAUUUUUUGAAGUCUAUUACAAGAAUCUUCAUUAGUUAUCAUUUACAGGAAUUUGGCAUCUUGUAAUUGCUUGUACUGCUUAAGUCUUGUUUUUUCAUAAUAAUCAACCGGUAAAAGAUUUCAUUUUUUUUAAAUAAUAAAGCCCUUUAUUAAUUUUUUUUACCAUAUAUCUGACAUUGGAAUAGUUUGAAGUAUCUUUGCAUUUCAUUUAAUCUGAAUCACAGAUGGUAAAACUAAAAGUAGCUCCAUAUAUUUUUCACCCUGCUUUGAAAUUUUUGUAGUUCUAAAAAAAAAACACCUUUAUUUAAGGCUGCUUGUUCUGUUUCCAUCUGUUCUCUUUUUCCAUACACUUUGAAUAGCUCAGUUGUUCUCUGAAGAGAUUUGUCUGUGUCUCGAUUAUACUAUUUCUAUCCACUUGCUACUGCCUCAUCAAUGACAAUGGCUGUACUUUCAAACUCAAUGGUUAAUUGAAAGAAAGCUCAAUGAAUUUGUGGAUAUAAAGCUAACUGAUUUACAGUUUUAAAUAAUCACCCAAUAUAUUUCAUGUUCACUUGGAACUGUAAAGAGAUACUUGAUCCCUCUCAGCUGGUUUCACCCUUUAGAUUAAGACUCACUAAAACUAUAAAUACUAAAAAUUCUUGACAACUAAAGAGGUUUCAAGCAAAUUGAAUUUUUAAAAUACUGAAUGUUAGGAAAAGUAUAUCAACUACUAAUUAUUACAUUAGUUUGAAAAAAUUGCACCUACGACCCCCUCUUACUUUGUAGGUCAAGUCACCCAACCGACUUUGUUGCCACAGUUUUUACUGGGGUUUUUAAUGGAACUCUUGUCGUACGUAUAUAUACAUUGUGAAACAGCUGUCUACAUUGAUAUACCAUACUAUGGAACAACAGCGGUCUGUUGAGACACACCAGUCUGUUGGAGUCACAGCAGUCUGUAGAGACACACCAAUCUGUUGAGACACAGCGGUCUAUUUAGACACACCGGUAUGUUGAGACACACUAAUCUGUUGAAACACAGUCUGUAGAGACACACCAAUCUGUUGAAACACACCAAUCUGUUGGAGUCACAGGGGUCUAUUUAGACACACCAGUCUGUUGAAACACAGCGGUCUGUAGAGACACACCAAUCUGUUGAGACACAGCGGUCUAUUUAGACACACCAGUCUGUUGAAACAGCAGUAUGUUGAGACACACCAAUCUUUUGAAACACAGUCUGUAGAGACACACCAAUCUGUUGAAACACACCAAUCUGUUGAAACACACCAAUCUGUUGAAACACAGCGGUCUGUUAAGACACACCAGUCUGUUGGAACACAGCGGUCUGUUGAGACACACCAGUCUGUUGGAACACAGCGGUCUGUUGAGACACGCGCGUCUGUUGGAACACACCAGUCUGUUGAGACACACGUCUGUUGAGACCCACCAAUCUGUUGGAGUCACAGCAGUUUGUUGAGACAUACCAGUCUGUUGAAACACAGCAGUCUGUAGAGACACAGCAGUCUGUAGAGACACACCAAUCUGUUGAGACAUACCAAUAUGUUGGAGUCAAUCAGUCUGAAACUUUUUUAUUUUUUUAAUUUUUAAACUGGGAAUGUAAUUUGCAUGAAAAGUUUCUGGAGUGUAAAUAAAUAAUGUGUUAGUCUGUGUAAAUAGUGUGACUGUUAGGCUGUGGUAAAGACUUAAUUGGAAUGUUUAAAGUGGCCCCCCCUUGAUCAAUCCAUCUGGUUAUUGUGUAGAUGAUGUUUUGAGAAGAAAAGCAUCAGUUGUUUGAUCUACUUGUAGAUAUAUUUAUGCUGAUUGAAUGUUAGUCAGUUUCUUCUCUUCAUUUGCUCUUCUUUUAUUUCUUUAAUAAAAUUUAAGUGAAAG